UGCCGGGGAGCAGCAAUUAUCAGUCUACUGCCUGAGAACCAACCCACAACAACCAACCACCCAGCAACAUGUUCAAAUUCCUCGCUCUCUGCCUCUUCGCCGUUGUGGCCUGCGUCGCUGCCAAGCCCGCGGUGAUUGCUGCCCCACUGGCGUACAGCGCCUACUCCUCCCCCCUGGUGGCCGCCUCCCCCUACUCGUCUGCCUACACCGCCGCCUACACUGCCCCCGCCUACGCCGCCUACUCCGCCUAUCCCUAUGCCUCUGCCUACUCCGCAUACCCCUACGCCGCCUACUACCGUUAAGGAAGGGACAAUCCGCACACUGGAAUGACUGGCAACUGGACCCAACCACACCCCAACAACAUGGAUAAAUAUCCCCCAACUGCUCCACCAAUCUGCAACACUCUGCACUGCACCACCUUCCCUUUCACGCACCCCAAACAAACUGCCGAAUGCUGAGAGUGAACCAAUGGGAACAGGACCCUCUGCACACUGGAGUAUACCACAAACAUUGUUGAAAUAAAUAAUCUGCAUUUUGCGUUAAACGUA